AUGGCAGUCGGCGAAGGAGAGCUCAUUAACGCCAAUCCGACUGUAUAUGAAGUCAAGGACAGCAAAACUAGCAAGCGAGUUAGAACCGAAGACGAGCUUGACGAUUCAACACAUGACGAAUUCGACGCUGAAGAAAUCUUUGAGCUGAUUCGACACAUCAACGACCCAGAACAUCCUCUGACUUUAGAACAGCUCAACGUCACCCAACUGGACCAUAUAUCCGUAGACAAUGACCGAAACCUCGUCCAUGUUCGCUUCACUCCCACAAUCCCGCACUGCUCAAUGGCAACGUUGAUUGGCUUGUGUCUCCGAGUGAGACUUUUACGUAGUUUGCCGGAUCGCUUCAAGGUCGAUAUAUCUGUUAGGGAGGGGACGCAUCAAUCUGAGAAGGCUGUCAACAAGCAGUUGAAUGAUAAGGAGAGAGUUGCAGCGGCUUUGGAGAACACGCAUUUAUUGGAGGUUGUCAAUCAAUGUCUGACCACAACAGUAGACAAGUAA